AUGGGGAAACACUUUUAUGUAGAUCACAAACCUACCUCUAGCACCUAUGUCGACGAUGAUAGUAGCAGCAGCCAUAGUACUACAGGCACCUCUGCCACCAGCACCUUUCAAGAAGACGAUCAAAUGGAUGAAAGGACUUGCUUACAAAGCUCCCAAAGGGAAGGAAACAACAACACAUACCUAUCAAUCAACCCAACGACACAUUGUGACACUGCCUACGGAUGCACCUCUCUAUCUGCAAGCCCAAUACCAUCGACCCAAAUCCAUGCCAGGAGUGAAUCAAAGACCAUUUGGAGGACACUUUUAACGAGAUCCAAAUAUUACAUACCCGUAUUACAAUGGCUCCCUGGUUAUUCAACGCACACCUUUCAGCAAGAUCUUUUAUCGGGUCUCAGCCUCUCAUCACUUUUUAUACCACAAGCACUUUCAUAUGCCACAGGGCUAUGCCGUUUGCCUGCCAUCCAUGGGUUGUAUACCGUUUCGGUCGCCGCUCUUGUUUAUGCGUGCCUGGGAAUGAGCCCUGAGCUAUCAGUGGGACCAGAAGCAACCGUCUCCUUGAUGGUGGGUUCCGGUAUUGCACAUCAAAAGGCUGCAUUGGAUCCAGAAGCUGCUGCUGCUGUUGCAAGUCUCACUGCAUUAUGCGUUGGUGUCUUUAGUCUUGGGCUUAGUCUUUUACGAUUUGGAUUUCUGGAUAGCUUAAUGAGUCGAGCACUACUGCGAGGAUUCAUUACAGCUGUUGCAGUGACGGUCCUGGUUCAGCAAACCGUAUUUUUAUUGGGAUUGGAUCAAGCAGCCAAAGACGCAGGCAUCACACCCGAAUCAGCUACCUUGGAACGCAUUGGAUUUAUCUUUGCACAUCGGCAUGCUAUCCAUUUUGAGACUGCAUCACUCUCAUUCGCUGCAUUGGUGAGCUUGUUUUCUAUAAGCAGCAUCAAACGACGCAUCCCUCGGCUUCAACGUGUACCUGAAGUGCUCUUGGUGGUCGUUAUGAGCACGCUUGGAUGCUAUAUCUUUCGUUGGGAUCAACUUGGUGUGGAAGUCUUGGGUCAAGUGGGAUCAUCAAGUAUCAAUUCACCCUUUCCUUUUCCAUCUUGGCCAUCCUUACCACCAGGUGCAGAUAUCCAGCACAUCCUUGUCAAUGCUGCUAUGAUCUCUACAGUGGGCUUUGUGGAGUCGAUUGCAGCUGCAAAGUCAUUUGCAAGGAAACACAAUUACUUUGUGAGUGCCAAUCGUGAGCUUUUUGCAUAUGGAAGUGUCAACUUGGUCGGCAGCCUCUUUCAAUGUUUUCCAUCAUUUGGUUCACUUCCAAGGAGUAAAGUGCAUGAAGCUGUCAAACCCAAGACACAAAUGUCAGGUGCCGUUGCAGGUGUAUGCACCAUCCUGGUCACGAGCUUUUUUAUGCCGUACUUGUACUACCUACCUUCGGCUACCUUGAGCAGUAUUAUCUUUAUGGCAAUUGUUGCAUUACUUCAAGAGCUACCGCACGAUUUGCAAUUCAUGUGGAAGGUCAAGGCUUGGCAGGACAUGUUCAUGUUAGGCAUUAUUUUCUUCACAACCAUGAUCUAUUCUCUUGAAACUGGAACUGCUUUGGCUGUGCUCUUUAGUCUUAUCAUUACCAUUCGACAAACAAGCUAUCCUCGAAUUACAAUUAUGGGCCGAGUCAAAGAAACCAUGUACAAAUUCAGCCCGAUUAAGAAUUCUCAAGAAGUGGUAGAACAUCUCGAAGAUGUAUUGAUUGUACGCGUGGAUGAACCAUUACACUUUGUCAAUACAGGUCAACUCAAGGAUCGAUUGAGAAGAUUGGAGCAUUACGGUGAUUUAUCCGUGCAUCCUUCUGAAGCUUCUCGACGAUGCGAAGAUUUGCGAUAUGUCAUAUUUGAUACAGGAGGAAUGGAAUCGAUUGAUGCAAGUGCUGUGCAAAUUCUACACGAGGUGAUUGAAUCAUACCAUGAUCGAGGUGUGCAUGUGUAUCUUGUUCGAGUCGACCCAAAUGUAAUGCCAUUGCUGGAGAAAAGUGGUAUCCUGGAUCUAAUCGGCAUGGAUCAAGUACUACAAGAAGUGACCGAUGCUAUUCAGGCGAUUGAAUACGAUAUGGCAACAUGCUCUGUAGUCGUUCAUUCUUCAACACCUUCAUAA